AGUCCCUGAAGAUGAGUGAGGGUGGUGGUGAGGGAAGGUGGGGGCGAGGAGACAGGAACAAGACAGAGUUAUUUUGAUCACAUUUUUCCCGGGCUGAUUACAUCUUAGUGACAUUUGAACUUUGGGAAAGAACACAGCCCUGCGUGUGGGGCCUGGGACCGAGGGGCAGAGGCGGGGCCAGGGGCUGGCAUGGCUGCAGGGCCGCUGGGCUCCGAGGACCUGCUGAGUAGCUGGGACCGGCUGGCAUGGCGCCUGACUCGCCGGGCGCUGAGGACAUGCCGAGGAGGGAACCUGCGGGGUCUGCAACUGGUGCUGAAGCCGUGGUGCAUCUCCAGGGCUGUCUACCAGAUGACGGAGGGCCGUCGAUGUCAAGUCCAUCUUCUUGAUGACAGGAAGCUGGAACUCCUAGUACAGCCCAAGCUUUUGGCCAAGGAGCUGCUUGACCUCGUGGCAUCUCAUUUCAAUCUGAAGGAGAAGGAAUACUUUGGAAUAGCCUUCACAGAUGAGACGGGACACUUAAACUGGCUUCAGCUGGAUCGAAGAGUGUUGGAACAUGACUUCCCCAAAAAAUCAGGACCAGUGGUUUUAUACUUUUGUGUCAGGUUCUAUAUCGAAAGCAUUUCAUACCUGAAGGACAAUGCCACCAUCGAGCUCUUCUUUCUGAAUGCCAAGUCCUGUAUCUACAAGGAGCUGAUUGAUGUUGACAGUGAAGUAGUGUUUGAAUUAGCCUCCUAUAUUUUACAGGAGGCAAAGGGAGAUUUUUCUAGCAACGAAGUGGUGAGGACUGACUUGAAGAAGCUACCAGCACUUCCCACGCAGGCCCUGAAGGAGCACCCCUCCCUAGCCUACUGUGAGGACCGGGUCAUCGAGCACUACAAGAAGCUGAACGGCCAGACCAGAGGCCAAGCCAUCGUCAACUACAUGAGCAUCGUGGAGUCUCUUCCAACCUACGGAGUUCACUAUUAUGCAGUGAAGGACAAGCAGGGGAUACCGUGGUGGCUGGGACUGAGCUACAAAGGCAUCUUCCAGUAUGACUACCACGAUAAAGUCAAGCCGAGGAAGAUAUUCCAGUGGAGACAGUUGGAAAACCUGUAUUUCAGAGAGAAGAAGUUUUCUGUGGAAGUUCACGACCCACGCAGGGCUUCGGUGACAAGGAGGACGUUUGGACACAGCGGCAUCGCAGUGCACACGUGGUACGCGUGUCCAGCACUGAUCAAGUCCAUCUGGGCCAUGGCCAUCAGCCAACACCAGUUCUAUCUGGACAGAAAGCAGAGUAAGUCGAAAAUCCAUGCCGCCCGGAGCCUGAGCGAAAUCGCGAUCGACCUGACGGAGACGGGGACGCUGAAGACGUCCAAGCUGGCCAACAUGGGCAGCAAGGGCAAGAUCAUCAGCGGCAGCAGCGGGAGCCUCCUGUCCUCAGGUUCUCAGGAAUCAGACAGUUCUCAGUCGGCCAAGAAAGACAUGCUGGCAGCCUUGAAAUCCAGGCAGGAAGCCCUGGAGGAGACCCUUCGCCAGCGGCUGGAAGAGCUGAAGAAACUCUGCCUCCGGGAAGCGGAGCUGACAGGCAAGCUGCCGGUCGAAUAUCCCUUGGAUCCGGGGGAGGAGCCACCCAUUGUGCGAAGAAGAAUUGGAACCGCCUUCAAACUGGACGAGCAGAAAAUCCUGCCCAAAGGAGAGGAAGCCGAGCUGGAACGCCUGGAGCGCGAGUUUGCCAUCCAGUCCCAGAUCACAGAGGCUGCCCGCCGCCUGGCCAGUGACCCGAACGUCAGCAAAAAACUCAAGAAGCAGAGGAAAACCUCUUACCUGAAUGCACUGAAGAAGCUGCAGGAGAUUGAAAGCGCAAUCAAUGAGAACCGCAUCAAGUCUGGGAAGAAGCCCACCCAGAGGGCCUCGCUGAUCAUGGACGAUGGAAAUAUUGCCAGUGAAGACAGUUCCCUGUCAGAUGCCCUGGUUCUAGAGGAUGAAGACUCUCAGGUCACCAGCACACUGUCCCCCUUACAGUCCCCUCACAAGGGACUUCCUCCUCGGCCGCCGUCGCACAACAGGCCGCCUCCGCCCCAGUCCCUGGAGGGACUCAGGCAGACGCACUAUCACCGCAACGACUAUGACAAGUCGCCCAUCAAGCCCAAAAUGUGGAGCGAGUCCUCUUUAGAUGAGCCUUACGAGAAGGUCAAGAAACGUUCCUCCCACAGUCACUCCAGCAGCCACAAGCGCUUCCCCAGCACAGGGAGCUGUGCCGAAGCCGGCGGGGGCAGCAGCUCCCUGCAGAACAGCCCCAUCCGCAGCCUCCCGCACUGGAACUCGCAGUCCAGCAUGCCAUCCACACCCGACCUACGAGUCCGCAGCCCCCACUACGUUCAUUCCACGAGGUCGGUGGACCUCAGCCCCACGCGGCUGCACAGCCUGGCCCUGCACUUUAGGCACCGGAGCUCCAGCUUGGAGUCCCAGGGCAAGCUCCUGGGCUCGGAGAACGACACGGGGAGCCCCGACUUCUACACGCCACGGACUCGUAGCAGCAACGGCUCGGACCCCAUGGACGACUGCUCGUCGUGCACCAGCCACUCGAGCUCGGAGCACUACUACCCGGCGCAGAUGAACGCCAACUACUCGACGCUGGCCGAGGACUCGCCGUCGAAGGCGCGCGCGCGCCAGCGGGUCACCAGGAUGCCCCAGAUGUGCAAGGCCACGUCAGCUGCCUUACCUCAAAGCCAGAGAAGCUCAACGCCGUCAAGUGAAGUUGGAGCGACGCCCCCCAGCAGCCCCCACCACAUCCUGACCUGGCAGACCGGGAGCUACAGUGAUAGCUGCUUCCUGGAUUCCUCCCUCUAUCCAGAGCUAGCAGACGUCCAGUGGUACGGGCAGGAGAAAGCCAAGCCCGGGACCCUCGUGUGAGCCAGCCGGCCUCAAUCUGACCGCCUCAACGCCAUUCUGAGAUCACCUCACUGCCUCUCAUUUGCCUUACCCAGACACACACUGUCACCCUGCACCAGCUUCGGCCCUCAGCACUUUUCUUCUCCCGUCUCCGCAUCCCCUCACCCUCAAAAAACCUGACUGAGGAGACAUUCUGGAAGGUUCCGGUCCCACUGUGUGUUCCCUGGCUCUCCUGUCCAGAGAGCCAGGCUCCAAUCCUCGAUGGCGCCUUGGUGGCUCCCCCCACCGUGACAGCCCCCAGGCCAGGAACCAUCAGGGAAGCUGCUGGCAUCAAAUUCCUGUGGACAAGCGGCCUUGGUGGAGAACAGGAAGGGGGACUGAAGUACAGGGUGAUCCAGAAAGACGAGACAGCUAUGGCCAGCCCACCACCCGCAGGCCAGCCAAGCGCCUCGGGAAGAGGAUGCCUCGUGGGAACAUUCAGCUGAAAUUUCUCCUGGGAGGGAGUGGCUGUUGGGGGAGGGGGGAUGAAAAAAGGAAGCUGAACACGUCAGAGAUGCAUAAGGAUCACAAUCAGUUCUAUGCUGCCAAAGAUUUUAAAAAUUCACAAAUAAAAACAAAAAAAUUAAGAGGGGCCAAGAGGAAGACAUUCUUUCUGCAAUGAAAUCUCUGAAAUUCUCCACUGCUACCACACCCCACAAGUGAAAGUCAACUGUCUGUGAAGUGUUUCCCCUCUUGUCCCUUAACAUGCCACCUCCCCUCUCAGUCGAGAGCCUGAAAAACUUACCCAGGGUGAUGCUCAAGCUGGGGGAGCCGCAAGGGGCACCGCUGACCUGAGCUCCGUGAGCCUGGGCCCGGGGGAGGGCAGGCCCAGGGAGUGGCAGCGUGCACGCUCAGCCCUGUGCGGGGCUUCGGCUCAGACACAGAGCUGCUCUCCUUUGGGGAUUUGUAGGAAACUUAAGGUGAUGCUUGCCAAAAGCGGUUCUCUCUCAUUAAAACAACCAGUAAAAGUGUAUCCUAUUUUUUCGCACAAGGUGUUUCAUUUUCUUUUUUACGGGAAACCAAGGGAAAAAGCACAUUGCGAUCCAUUCGAGUGUUUAACUGUUGUGGCCCAUUUUCUGUUCGUGAGCACUGGUGGGACAAAGAGCUCAGGUCCGACUCCUCUCGGCACCCAGUCACCAGUGUGGCACUUAUUCCAAGAACCCAACUGUGCCCGCGUGUCGACUAGCCGGCAGGCAGAGCAGGGUUGGAAAAAAUGAUCAGCUCCCAGAGGGCCCACGUGCCUCCACUAGCAGCAGCCACCUGGAAGGACCGCCUGGUCUGCAGGCACCCAAAGCGGAAGGGCGAGAGAGGAAGGUGUGUGGGGGCUGCACGUUUACAUGUGUUUUGAGCUAUGCUUGAUACACAACUGGAAAGCCAUCAAUCCUCAAAGGCCUCAAAAAUACUUUUAUAGUGGUAACAAAUGCACACUCUUAGUUGGGUUAUUUCAAUGGCACAACACAAUCUCCACAGAGGUGGUACGCUGUGCUUACCGGCGCAACUGGGGUGGGUGGGGUUUUGUUUUGUUUUGUUUUUUCACUUGUAAUGACUUCCUAUUGGAAAGGCAUUGGCCAGCAAGGGACAGGAGCCGGGGUGGGGGCAACUUCGUGGACAAGCAGAACUGAAGUUAGCUUUAGCGUAAAAAGAAAAAUUUUUUGGUUUUUUCAUGUAUAUGUGAUCCAAGAAUAACAGUAGACUCUACCAGACCAGGGGGGUAAGAAUGAACAGGAAAAUAAAAUCAAAAACCAUGGGGCUCCCCCUGCUGCAGCUCGAAAAGCACCGUGGGGGGGUCUCUGGGGGCCCCCAGCAGGCGGGGGGCCAGUCUGGACUGUCCAGGGCCUGGGUUCCCCGGCUCUGUGCAGCUGGGUUGGUGAUACCAGCUUGCAGAAGGGACUAAUGUUCACUGAAGACUUUAGGGGUAAACCCUGCAGGAUAGAUCACACUGAUUAUAAUGUUAUUACAUGAUUUGGGGGAUGGGGGGUGGCUACUGCUCUUAUUUUGAUGGUCAGAGCUACAAACAGCAGGUUUUUCUCCUUUCCCAUUUGGAAACAUUUAUAUAUUAGGCCAUAUUCUUUCUCCCAAAAGACGAUGCAUGAAUAAUCAAACUGAACUCUGUGCCACAGGAAAAGUCGAAAGGGAAACAGUGGCUGCAGGUUGUAUAAUACAACACGGACCGUAGUCUGAAAUCAAGUCUGAAGUCAGUCGAUCAAGUUUCCAGCCCAGCUGGGUUAUGAAUAGGAAUGAGAGACGCAAAUUCUUUCUCAACACUUGGGUUUUGGAUUCGGGAGGCAGGAAGGAAUGGAGCUGGGGGAGGGGGCGGAAUUACAGUUCAAACAUCGUGAUAGUCUGGUAGUGAAGACAGAGAUUAAGUAAAACAGGUUUUACUGUUGAGCUGCAUUCAGUUACUACAAGAUGUACAGAAAGUGUUGGUCCUUUGAGGCCAACACGAUAAACGAUCAGCGUGGUGGAAAAAUGAAAGUUACUGUAUACGAGCACUUGCAAGCUCUUUAAGAUCCCUAUUUCUUCAAAGCGAAUUAAGGUGAAGCAUGAAACCCCUGGUCUGACGCAGCGCCCCUGCUGGAUUCUCUGGAUGCGUGUGAGAAAUCGUCCAGCCAGGGGCCUGGUGAGAGCACCUUUUCAUCAGACUCAGUUGGGAGACAGGCAGGCUUUUAAUUCUAUUACACGCAGCUGAGUGUUGACCCUUAAAAUUCCAGUCUGUUUUCAUUCAGUAUUAGUUUAGUUCUCCAUAGAGCAGACCCCACCCAGGUGCUAUCAGACGACCAGUUACUGCUUAAUUAACUAGGUGUAAAGUUUUACAUAUACAUUAAUGUCAAUAGUUUAUUACAAGUUGUGGAAAAUGGACUCUAGUUUAAUAACGGGGAGACAAGGAUUAGGCUGCUCCUGAAACUGACUGUAGAGCAUGGAAAAUGAUUUUACUGGAUUCUGUUCAACUGUAAUCAAUGACAAAGAUGUAUGUUGUAGACAAAGUUGCAGAAUUAAAAAGAAAUCUGCUUUUAAUUUAUUCUUUUUGUAUUAAGAAUUUGUAUAGUACCUUUACAUUUUGCAAAACAGUGUUGUCAACACUUAUUAAAGCAUUUUCAAAAUGAAAAAA